UAUUGGGAGCUCCAUCAAAACAAUAUAAAAGAUAAUCACGGUUAAUAUCCCGGUCGAUUUAAGUGUAGUGAAACCAACCGUGAAUCAUUCAAAACUGUGUUUAUAUAUAACUACAGAGGCCGGGAAAUUAGAAAUUUUACGCUAAGUAGACGAUAUUAAUACGGACAGGAUGUAGGCUAAGUAGUUAUAGACGAUAUUAGUAUGGACAGGAAUUCCUUUUUACGCCGAAACCAUACACCCCAAAAUUCAUAUUUGUUACGUUGUAUGAAAAUGCUCUGACGGCCGGAUUAUAACAAAAUGAAUAUACUUUCGCGCAUAAAAAAAGGUAUUUAAUAUUAAAUUAAAUUACAUUAAAUAAUCGUUUAAUUCAGGCAUAGCCCAUAUAAGUGUUAGUAACAGACUUAAAUAAUAAUGUUAAACUAUGACUAUGACUAUUACAAUUUCCUAUAAUCUACCAUGCAACACGUAUACUUAGGGCUAGGACUAUACAAUACCGGGUGAUUAAGUCAGUAUCAUAUUAAGUAUGUAUUUUUAUUGAAAUAAAUAAUAAAAUAAAUAAAUAAUUUAUGAACAAUUGAACAAACAUCAGGUGCUUUAUGGACGUUUGUUCAAUUGUUCAGGCACGUGUCUUUCGCAAUAAUGUAAUGUUAUGAUAAAGUUUUUUCCGACUCCAUAAACGGAUUAUACAAUCGACCACCCAUUUAUUACACACAUCUUGAACUCCACUUGUAUAUCAAGAUAGUUCUUGUUAUAAAAUUAUAUUGGUGUUUGAUAAACUCAAAUUGUUCAAUGCGGAGAAAGCAACCACUAGUAUGUUUACUUUUGCUGGAAAUUCGGAUAUAUUUAUGACCUGUUUAUUAAAAUAAAAUUAAGUACAAUCAGAUGCUUAGGUACUGUAAGAGUGAAAAAUCGUAGAUUCAGAUAGUUUUGAGCGGUCUGUAAAGUGCAGAUAUUUUUGAUACGGAGUGUGAUGAUAGUUUGGUGUUUGCAUUAAAAGUAUACAAAUUUAGAAUCUGUGUUGUCAAGUUUAUUCUAGUUUCGUAAAUUAAACAUGGAAAACAUGAAAGAAACCAUUAAAAUACCCUUCGAGGAGGCAUUGGAUAGAACUGGUUUCGGUCUAUACAGUUAUAUCAACACAUUUCUGUCAGGGUUGUCCAUAAUAUCCUUGGCCUGUGUGGUCUACGGAUCAACCCUGACUGUGGGAGCCAGUGCCUGUGAACUACAAACCACGGGAGCCCAGCAGGGGCUGUUGGUUGCAGCACCCGUUAUAGGUCUUAUUCUAGGCGCACCAUUAUGGGGCUACUUGGGCGACACGCGUGGGCGACGGCGUAUGCUCUUGCUGGCUCUCCUGUCAUCAGCUCUCGUCAACGCUUUGAGCGGGCUUUCUGUGAAUUGGGUCAUGAUGACGAUUCUUCAAUUUAUCGCUUCACUAUUAGGAUCGGCAGACUACACGUUAGCGAUGACGCUGCUGAGCGAGAGCGUGCCGAUGGCGAAGCGGAACACGUCGGUGCUGUUGGUUAACUGUAUGAUGAUGAUGGCACAGGGAACCAUGGCAGGUAUGAUGUAUUUGUUUACAGAAGGUAAUAUGUUUUAUUAGCGUGUCGAUGUCGCGAAAGUACGAUGAUGCUGGCCAAGAAAAAAAAUUGGAUGAAUUGUGGGGCUGAUAGGGGUAUUAAAUUAUUAGCGUACCGAUGACGAAGCGAUGGCGAAGGGAAAAAUAUUUUUUGAGGUUUAUGAUGUAUGAAAAUUAAGUGUGUUUAUUAGUAACUACUGUUUGUAAGUACCGCUUCGGUUCAUACAGCGCUACUGUACGGAAACUGAACACUAGUAUUACUAGUAUACUAUAUA